AUGGAACGCAGGUCAAUAAAGCGUGUUUGGAUUGUGGAGCGAAGCGCAAGGUCUGUUUGCUUAGUGGUUAGAGGUGCAAAAGUCGGCAUUGUCCCACUGGCAGCGGGGCUCGCGGGGGGAGGGCGAGGCAGGAGGCUCCGAAGCCGGAGCACGAGGGCACCCCGGCCGCCGCCACCCGCGCUUCCCGCCCCGCAGCCGGAGAGCAAGCGCAGGCGCAAGAACUUCUGGAAGACCGCAGCCAGCGCGCUCUGGAGCUCGGAGGAAGCAGGCCGCGAAGAGCGCAAAAUCGGCCCAGGGCGCGAAAAGGCUUCUGGGACAUAA